CUGGUUGUACUUGUCACGUUGUGUUUCAAUAAACUGUAAAUGGCUUAGUAUUAGUAAGUAUGCUAGUUUUAAGACUACGAUUUAGUUUGAAUUUCGAUUGUACUGUACUGAAAGAACUUUAAUUAUUUCUUGAAUUUGUUUAAGACUUUAUGCAAAAUUUGUAAAGCACUUACAACUUGUCGAAUAUCAAAAUGCCUAAAGAGAAAUCUAAGAAGAAAUCGAGACAACAUGAGCAGAUUCAGAAACAAGGUGUUCAAUUUAAUAGAGACCUUGGGCAACAUAUUCUGAAAAAUCCACUUAUUGUUAACAGUAUGGUGGAGAAAGCGGCUAUACGAUCCACUGAUGUCGUUUUAGAAGUAGGUCCAGGAACAGGCAACAUGACGAUAAAGCUCCUGGAUAAAUCUAAGCGAGUAGUAGCUUGUGAAGUCGACCCACGUUUAGUUGCAGAACUACAGAAGCGAGUUCAAGGAUCUCCAUCACAAAGCAAACUGCAAAUUAUUGUCGGAGAUGUUUUAAAAACCGAUUUACCUUUUUUUGAUGUCUGUGUUGCCAAUUUGCCGUAUCAGAUUUCUUCACCUUUUGUUUUCAAGUUACUUCUGCACAGACCGUUUUUUCGGUGUGCUAUUUUAAUGUUUCAGCGAGAAUUUGCCCAGCGCCUGGUAGCCAAGCCUGGUGACAAACUGUACUGUAGGCUAUCGGUAAAUACUCAACUCCUAGCUCGAGUAGACCACCUGAUGAAAAUUGGGAAAAACAAUUUUAGGCCUCCACCGAAAGUAGAAUCCAGUGUUGUGCGUCUUGAACCCAGAAAUCCACCACCUCCAAUUAAUUUUCAAGAAUGGGAUGGAUUACUACGAAUUUGUUUCAUUAGAAAAAAUAAAACUUUAGGUGCUGCUUUUAAACAGACCUCAGUACUGGAAAUGUUAGAAAAGAACUAUAAAAUUCAUUGUUCUGUCAAGAAUAUUUGCAUACCAAAAGAUUUCAGUGUUAAAUCAAGAGUGGAAGAGCUUCUUACAGCAAACAAUUUUGAUAAACAGCGCGCAAGGACAAUGGACACAGAUGAUUUUUUGGUGAUGUUACUUGUUAUCUGGAUGAUGGAAAGGAUGAGGAUUUGGUAUACUUCGAUUUUCAAAUAUUUUGUGAUAAAAUGCCACACUGGAGAUGAUCUAAAAAAAUCUUAUCUCUAAGUAUUGGGGAAUGAAUAAUUUGAUUGUAGGGUGGUUGGGUGAGUGAAAGUAAGAAGUUGUUAUUAAUGGAGGCCAGUCAAAUUAAGCUCUUGUUAUUAGAAUACCUAAGGAAUUGGUAAGAGCCUUUGCUCUUAUUAACUUUAGUGAUACUUACAGGGACAUAAUUAAUACAGUUUAUUGAUGAAGUUAAUUUUUUUGGUUUUUUAGUCUGUAAUGAGGAUGUUGAGCUACUAAAUAACGACUUAGAUCAAUUGGUAAGUUGAGAAAUGUUCAGUGAAUGACCUUUAAUUAUAGAGGUGCAAGAUUAUGUGGAUUAUGAUAAUUUGAAUCAAACUUUUGAUACAGAUGGAAUCCCACUCAUUAACAUAACGUAAGAAAAGGAUCUUGGCUAAGUGGUGGAUAAGUAAUUCAUGAUCUGUUUUUAGUGUCAAAACUAAUAGAAUUUUAGAGUGUAUUUAUUGACACAUUUAUUUCAGCUCGAAGGAGAUAAUUAUCUUGAUAAAAUAAUCAGGAUUCACUUCGAAUACUGUACGCAGUUUUGGUUGCCUUGUAUAAGAAAGGAAGGAUAUUGAGUUAUUGGACAGAGUUUGACAGCAUUUGAAUUUCUGUAAAGUAAGUAAUUUGGCAGAAAUUUAAAUGUUAUAAAUGUUUGUUUAUAUACAUGUUCUAACUCAUAUUUGUGUGGCAAAUCAUAGGUAGAGAGAGAGGGGUAAACUGUGGAAAACAGCAGCAAGAUUUAAAGAAUAACUUAAGCUUUUGCAUGCAAUGGAUACAGUGGGUAAUAAUGACUUUCGGGAAGUUAGUAAUGGUAUUCAUAGGGAUAGUAUUAGUAGUAGUGAAUUUAAUAAUAAUGAGAAAGUUCUAUUAAGUAACAGAUUUCAGCCUUUAGCUUGUGCAGAUGAAGAACUUGGCGAGGAAUUAAUAACAAAAGGGACAACUAACAAUAGGAAUGAAAAACAUGAGGAACUUAAAUAUACAUAUAAUUUAAGGACGAAAGGAGAUCUGUUGAUCCAUCUAGGCUAUCCCAUUCACUAUACUAAACUUUAAUAAAAUGAAAUGCUCAAAGUCAGCCCUUAUCAUUGAGAGAAGUAUCAAACCUUCCCUUAAGCUCCCUUAAAUUCUUGGCAUCUACCACAUCUAAAAGUAACCCAUUUCAAAGGCCAGCCAUCCUUUUAGAAAAAUAAAUCUUUCUUCGCUGAAGGUGGCUCCUACCUCAAAAUUUAGAUGUUUUUUCUAGUUUUACCAUUCUCACCAUUAAAUAUGAAAAAAAAAUGAUGCAUCAACACUAUCAAACCCGAUGACGAGGAACCCACUUUGAGACUA